AUGUUGCCUAUAACUCUUAUUCUGGGGUCUUUGAUUGCCCUAUUCAUUGUAUACCGUAUCCUAUCGAUUGGCCAACGGCCUAAGAACUAUCCACCGGGGCCUCCAACGCUGCCAAUUCUGGGAAACAUUCAUCAGAUGCCCUCGAAGGAUGCACAUCUACAAUUUGAAAAGUGGGCCCGAGAGUAUGGGUCCGUUUACAGUCUCAUGCUUGGAACUAAGUGUCUUGUUGUUCUUUCAAGCGAUGAAGCUGUCAAGGAUCUCCUCGAUAAAAGAAGUGGCAUCUAUUCAGAUCGCCAGGAGAUGUACAUUGGGCAAACACUUUGCAGCGGCAACCUCAGGCUACUCAUGAUGGGCUAUGGCCCCAAAUGGCGCGGUUUCCGCAAAAUGGUUCAUUCCUUGUUGAACGUAGCAACUUCCAAAAAGUACCUCCCAUAUCAGAUAUUGGAAAAUCGCCAGAUGCUAUUUCAAUUCCUUAAAGAGCCGCAGGAUUUUCUGAAUCAUAUCCGAAGAUAUUCCAAUGCACUUACAACUACAAUGGUCUUCGGAUGGCGAACUCCAACCUAUGAAGAUCCAAAGAUGAUGCAGCUUUUUGACGGCUUUUCUGAAUUUGCAGAAAUCAAUCAAACAGGGACGGCAGCUAUCAUCGACUUUUUCCCGUUUCUGCGACAAUUGCCGGAGUUUCUUAUCCCAGCGCAACGGAAGGCUCAAGAGUUGCACUGCAAUGAAAAAUCACUUUAUCUCAGCCAUUGGAUGAAGGCAAAAUCUGACAUAAAGGAUAAUAUCAUUAAGCCGUGCUUCAGCGAAGGAAUGUAUAAAGUGCAGCAGAAGGAAGAGUUCAGCGAUGAUCAAGCUGCGUACAUAUCCGGAACUCUCCUGGAGGCAGGAUCCGACACCACUUCUAGCACAUUAUACGCUUUUGUUCAAGCUAUGCUACUGUAUCCUGAUGUUCAGCGCAGAGCACAGGAAGAGAUCGAUAGUAUUGUUGGUCCAGAUCGACUGCCUGUGAUGGACGACCUUGCGGAUUUACAGUACAUCCGUGGCUGCAUGAAGGAAACUUUAAGAUGGAUGCCGACUACCAUUUUAGGCGCAGUACCUCACGCCGUCACUCAAGACGAUGAAUACAGGGGAUACCUGAUACCAAAAGGCGCGGGUGUGCUGAACAAUGUUUGGGCUAUUGGUAUGGAUCCAAAACGACAUCCAAACCCCCGGGUUUUCAAUCCCGAUCGGUACAAAGACGAUUUCCAAAGCUUCGGCGAUGCCGCGGCCAAUCCCGACCCUUCUAAGCGAGAUGCAUUUACCUUCGGGGCAGGACGCCGCAUUUGUCCAGGGAUCCAUGUCGCCGAAAGGAGUCUCUUCCUUGGAAUGGUGGGCAUACUUUGGGCCUUUACAAUUAAGCCCGCUAAGGACUCCCAUGGAAACGAGAUCAUACCAGAUGCUGAGCGUCUUACGCAAGGGUUUGUUUGUAUGCCAGAACCGUUCCCUGCAAGCAUCACACCGAGAUCAAAGGAACGAGAAGCCAUGGUAAUUAAGGAAUGGAGGCUCCAAGAGGAUCUUCUUGACUCUGAAAAGCAGUGGCUCGACUCGCCUGUGGAGAAAGGUGUAUGA